CGUAAGGAACUGGCAAUGUAUGUUAGACUCUGCUACCUCGCCUGCAGUAGCAGGUUAUAGGGAGGUAUGAGUAAGGGCGGAUGCACGUCAGCUGUCCAUAUUACUUACAAGGUCCGCCGCAAAGCGUCAAGGUUGCGUUUACGAGAGCUGACCAUUCCCCCGCUGCAUGGCUACGCACUGUUGAACAUCAGUCAUUCCCGUCCCUCGCCAGCACGGACGACCCCUCAACCUGGCUCCCUUGGUGGCAGUCCUUGGUUGUGUCGUCUAAGCGAUAGCGGGACCGAGCAUCAAAUCCUCCCUCAAGAGCUCGUAGAUGCAGUAGAAGAGGCCGUCAAAGAGCAUCGCCCGACGCAGGACCCAAAGCUGACAUACAUCUACACAUCUGCAUGCUGGGUGCAUGGAGACAACCGGAAGGACGUCAAGACUGACACCACGCAUGUGACCCAGCCGGUAGAGCUGCUUCACUGGAGGCCCGCGUUGGAGCAGAGGAUACCGGGAAGCACUGUGCUGAACGGGAUCGUCAUCCGGCCUUCGCUGUCGUAUGGCGAGUCUGCCUCGAUCCUCGCGCCGCUUUUCAACAAAGCGUACGAGGGCAAAAUAGAGUGUUACGGCACGCCGGGGGACGCUAGGACCCCUGAUAAUUGGGGAGGAAGCCUUAAUCGAAUCCGGACAAAUUUGGGCGAUUCGGAGGGGCUGGGGCUGAUGUUUGUCCGGACAAAUGGGCAAAUUUCGCCGUGAAGGGCUGAGGAACUGUACGGACAUAGCUUGUCGUGAUUGCUCGAGGGGUGAGGAACAUCCGGACAUGGCCAGCCCAGGUGCUCUCGCGAACGGCGUCAGCGCGACGACAACCCCCCGAGAGCACCAACCCUGCUAAAUGGCGGGGUCCGUCGGUAGAGGCCUGAGGA